AUGGCUAUGAAUCUGAGGAGUAGUCGCCGCGCUCUGGGCGGAGCCUUGCGUCCCGUUACCGUCAGAGCCGUCAGCCAUGCCAUCCCCUUGCGGAGGACGUACGCGACCGCCGAACCCGAUCUUAAAACGACACUCAAGGAGGUAAUCCCGGCCAAGCGUGAGCUGUUCAAAAGGGUCAAGGCCCAUGGCUCCAAGGUCAUUGGCGAGGUCAAGGUCGAGAACACAAUCGGUGGCAUGCGCGGCCUCAAAGCCAUGGUCUGGGAAGGCUCUGUUCUCGAUGCCAACGAGGGUAUCCGCUUCCACGGCCGCACCAUCAAAGACUGCCAGAGAGAGCUGCCCAAGGGCAAAACGGGCACCGAGAUGCUGCCCGAGGCCAUGUUCUGGCUGUUGCUAACGGGCAAGGUUCCCUCGGUCAAUCAGGUUCGCCAGUUCUCGCGCGAGCUUGCCGAGCAGGGCCAACUGCCCGCCUUUGUCAACAAGAUGCUCGACGAUUUCCCCAAGGAUCUGCACCCCAUGACUCAGUUCGCCAUCGCCGUCUCGGCGCUCAAUUACACAUCCAAGUUCGCAAAGGCUUACGAGCAAGGUCUGAACAAAGCCGACUACUGGGAACCCACCUUUGACGACUGCAUCUCGUUGCUCGCCAAGCUGCCCACCAUCGCCGCCAAGAUCUACCAGAACUCGUACAAGGGAGGCGGCGCCCUCCCUGCCGAGAUUGAUCUUGAGCAGGAUUGGUCCUACAACUUCGCUGCAAUGCUGGGGAAGGGUGGCAAGGAGAACGAGGACUUCCAGGACCUGCUGAGGCUGUACCUUGCCCUGCAUGGCGACCACGAGGGCGGCAACGUCUCUGCCCACACAACACACCUCGUCGGCAGCGCCCUGAGCGAUCCUUUCCUCAGCUACAGUGCCGGUCUCCAGGGUCUGGCUGGCCCUCUGCAUGGUCUGGCCGCCCAAGAAGUCCUCCGGUGGAUCUUGCAAAUGAAGGACGCCAUCCCCGCAUCGUACACCGACAAAGACGUGCGCGAUUACCUCUGGUCAACCCUCAACUCGGGCCGCGUGGUGCCGGGGUACGGGCACGCGGUGCUGCGCAAGCCGGACCCGCGGUUCGAGGCGCUCAUGGACUACGCGGCCAGCCGCCCGGGCAUUGCCCGGGAUCCCGUGUUCCAGCUGGUGAAGAAGAACAGCGAGAUCGCGCCCGAGGUGCUCAAGGAGCACGGCAAGACCAAGAACCCGUACCCCAACGUCGACAGCAGCUCGGGCGUGCUGUUCCACCACUACGGCUUCCACGAGACGCUGUACUACACGGCCACUUUCGGCGUGUCGCGCGGCCUCGGCCCGCUGGCACAGCUCAUCUGGGACCGCGCACUCGGCCUGCCCAUUGAGCGGCCCAAGAGCAUCAACCUGGAGGGCAUCCUUAAGCAAGUUGAGGGGCAAUAA